AGCAGGAUGCAAAAUAUAUCAAAUCGAAAUGAAUUUCACCCACAAAAUUGGCGCCAAAUCGCCAGACGAGAGGGUCUUCCAGACGAUGAGAUUGUGGUUAUCAUCGAUAAGUCCGUCUUGAAAGUGUUUCGACGGAAUGUGUACUGCCUUGCGGUGGCCUUUUGUCUGGUGACGGUGACACCUUGGACCAUUAUAGAGGCCGUGGAUUAUAAGUUCACCAGCUUGUGGAAUAUUCCCUUUUACAUUUGGCUCUUCAUGGCCUUCUUUUGCCAGGCGAUGCUGGCAUGUUUUCCACAGACGCGAUACACUCCUCCCUGCAACUGGAUACUGGUGCUGCUCGUGGUGUUGCUCCUGACUAUGUUCGGCAGCUACUUCCUGUACCUGAUCAGCAUUGAGACGUUUCUGGUGGCUCUUCUGACUGCGAGUGUAGUGCUGGCUGUGCUUCAUGUUUGCGGCGCCUAUUGCCCGCAGGUGGUGUUGCCCAACACUGUUUGCACGGGCUGCGUGCUGCUGGUGUGCCUCAUCACACUCUUGGUGGACGGCCUACUGCUGCUCAUGAUGGUUGAUCCCAUUUACCGACUUGUGUUCUGCAUAGUUAUAUUCACUCUGGUGCUCAUGAUGAUACCCUUCAACUCGCAGUACAUUAACGGACGUCUCAAGUUCACGCCCAUUGCCGACACUCUGGUCUGCGCCCUCGCCAUCUACACACACUUUAUCAUUAUGUUGCUCUGCCUGUGUGCCUUUAAGUACUACUUUGACUUCUACAUAGAUCAGGUAGUCAUGGAAUAAAUCUCAAAAU